AUGGCGGAAGCGGGCAUUUCAAAGCAAGCCACUCUGCUGCCGGUGACAGGCUACGACCCCUUCCGGCUCUACUUCGACGUGCCCGUCUGGGGCGGUUGGCACGAGCUUCGGGAUCCCAUCUCCCAGCGGAGAUACUGGAACAAUGUCAACUCCAUGCUGACCACCUGGAGCUUAGUGGAGCUGCUGCGGCUCAACGGACUUGAGGAGUUCCUCCUGCUGGGUCAGUGGAGCCUAUUCUCCGUAGUGCCGGAGAGAAUGGAGGAGUAUGAAGAUCCAAAUCUUCGGUACAACGUCUUCGACAACACCGAGCUAUCGGGCCAGCCGCUCGUGGUCCUGAAGCCUGGGGAUGUCUUUGCCGCCACCUGCAUGCCCAAGCCAGGCAUCGUGGAGAUCCUUCUGCCGGACGCGGAUUCCGUGGCAAAGCUCGGCUAUGGCAAGUACCGUUGGCCGCCCGAGGAUGGGAGCCGGUAUCUGCAGUACUUGCCCGCCCGGAUGCGCAAUGAAGACUUUACCGGCAUGGAUGCAGUGGUUGAACCCACCUGGACAGUCCUGGCGGCGGUGCGCGGGCAGGGCCUCUGCGUCACGGAGACCCGAGACCCCCGAAGCCAGGUGCUGGGGUGGCUGCAAGAGGGGGCACAAGUGAAGCUGCACCUGAUCGAGGGCACUCGGGCGUUGUUGGGCUGGCUGGAAGAGGAGGACGCGCACCUGGCGGGGGGCUGGAUAAGUAUGGUGCGCCUGGAUGGGUCCAAUACUCUGCGCCGGAUCUUGGAGGAGACGGAGAACCAAGAGAUACAGCGGGAGCUCCAGGAGCACUUGAAGGAGUUGGAGGCGGAGGGCCUGGAUCCCAUCGAGGCGUUGAAAGAGAUCGACAGCCUGCAGGAUGUGCUGCUCUGCGAGUCCAGGACACCUUCCAAGUCCUCGAAAACUUCCGCAAGGAUGGGAUCCAAGCUGAGCGCUCGUGGCUCGAAGCUCGACAGGAGGAGUCUCAGGAGAGGAUCCCGAGGCUCGCGGGGCUCAACCUCCAGGUCGAACAGCCGCCGAAACUCUCGACAUUCCUCGUCCCACUCAAGGCAUUCCCGGCGGAGCUCGGAAGAGGAGGUGCCCUUGCGGCCCCUGGAGCUACCGAAGCUGGCGGAGCAGUUUGUGGGACCGCCAGAGCAGGGGGCGCAGAGGGAGACCGUGAUCGGCGGCUGGCGCCAGGUGACGGACCCCAUUUGGCAGCGGCCGUUGUACGUGUCCCCGGUGAACGGGCGGACCACCUGGGGUGUCAAUGAGGUGAUCCGGACCGGGGGUUUGGACGACCUCUUGCUGAACCGGAGCUGGGAGCUCUGCUGUAUCGAUCCCGAGGCGCUGGAGAUCCAAAAGGCGGAAGAUUGGUACAUGAGCGUCUUCGCCACCCCAAGCCUCUCUGGCGAGCCCAUCGCACGCUGGGAGAAGGGCCGAGUCAUCAUCGUGCAGAUCUUCGACGACAAGACAGGCGUUGCCACUGUCCUGGUCCCGCCCUUGGAGCCCGGCGGCGAAGCGGCCACAGGCUACGUGAGCUACGCCAUGCGGGACGCCCGGCCGCUGAUGAAGGCGCUGGUGGCGCCUUUGGAGGCCUGGCCGGAGAUCCCGGAGGGCCAGCUCCAUCCAGGCGCGCAACCCCCGGAGGGCGAGUUCCUGGAGGGGCCCUUCUUCGCGGUGCUGCCGCUGGGCGUGGACGACAUCGAGGUCUCCGUGGGCCAAGACAUCGGCAGCGACCAGUGGGCGCGCAUGCCGAGGGGCUACCGCCUCCGCGCCUUCGCGGAGAUCCUGGGCUUCCGCGCCCGGCUGCCGGACUUGGAGGGCGGCGGCUGGGUGAGUCUUUGCACGCCGCAGGGUGUGCCGCACUUCCGCAAACAGCCGAGCCAAGCGCCGGACAUAGAGAUGCCGGACGAAGUGUCCAGCCGCGGCAGCAAGAGCUCUGCCCGCUCGGCCAGGGUCAAGAAAGGCCCGGUGCCAGUGGUGUGGCCCGGGCUUGGCAUCUGGUGGCCGGAGGAGAAGCCGGUGCAGGUGCAGGCGGCGCCGCCGCCCAAGACGCUGCCCGAGCUGCUGCGGAACUUGGGCACGGGGCGGGCGCUCUGCGACUGGCGGCGCAUGGCGUUGCCGCCAUACAAGGAAAUGGUGUGGAAGAACUGCUACGCCCCCUCCACGACCAAGCUUCAUGACUUGCUGAGGCUGCAGAUCUGGAAGCCCGCGGUGGUGGAGGCCAAGUGGCUUCACAUCCGCGAGUCCGAGGAUGAGAGGAGCCGGCGCAUCGUCUCCAUGCCUCAGGGCGCCUGCGUCAUCACCCAGUGGGUGUCCCCCAGCGGUGCAGUGCGCGUCUUGGUGCCCACGGAGGAGAACGAUCCCAACCCAGGUGUGGGCUGGGCGGAUCUGGGGGGUGCGGAGGGCGCCCACGUGGUGCUGCUCACCGAGGGCCUUGACUUCUGGGUGGAGCCUCAGGGCUGCCACGUGGCAGAGGAGGACCAAGAGGACGAGAACGCCUUCUACCCCACCCUGCUGCCGCUUCGGGCGAGCCCGGACCCCGAGAGCGCCGCCGUGGGCGCGCUGCAGCGCGGGGACGUGGUGCAGGUGGCGGAGAUUUCCGGACGUCUGGCACGAGUGGUUCGCGUCAAGAGCGUGGAGGACAGCGAGGAUGCCUUAGGCGGCUGGCUGGACCUUUACACGGAAGCCGGCUGGUCCUGCCUCCGGCGCCGCUUCCUGGGCCAAACGCACCCGGAGGAAGUCAGGCGUGCAGAGAUGCGGGAAGAAGCCCAGAAGGUGCUCGUGCAGCUCUCAAAGGAGAGCGCCCAGACGGCCAGCAAGAAGGAGGAGGAGCUCGAAGAGGAGGAGGAGGCAGAGCUGCCUGCGCUGCUGAAGGAGCUCGGGGAGCUGGAGGCCAAGAGCAUCUACACCCGGGACUGGAGAGAAGCCAUCGAUCCGGUGUGGGGAAGGCGGUACUUUGUGAACAAGUGGUCAGGACAAGUGAUCCACAAGCUCACGCGCUACGGGGUCGCGGAGGCGGCCGUAAAGCUGACGGUCUACUUCAACAACCUCUCCGUGACCGCCGCCCCUCGCCAAGUGAGGAACUCCCGGAGAGGAAGCUGCAGCAGCUGGAAGACAGCGCCGUCCCAGGCUUCGCCGCGAUCGCGGACGUGCCAGCCAGAGCUGUGUCCGUGA